AUGUUUCAGAAUAAAAAUUUUUACUGAGUUAAAUGAGAAAAGUGGGAAAAAAUAGAUUUUAUAGCGAAAAUCAACCUGAAAAUAUUUGCUGAAAAAGCGAGAAGAAAUCGAAAAAAUUCCAAACAUAAUGAUUACUUUGAGGUUAAAGAAAUUAAUGUAGACUUAAAAAAUUUGGAACAGCAUAAGAAGACCUUAUGGAAUGAAAGCUAA